AGGGAGUGUGAUCUGAUUGGGAACAUAGACAGAGUUAAACUUCCCUUAUCCCACCUUAAACGUUUCUCGCUUUGGGAAAGAGGGGCUGCUGUUAAACUGGCAGGCGACAGAAGGAGAAAAUGGUUUCGUGGAUUAUAUCCAGAGUUGUUGUGCUUCUCUUUGGCACACUUUAUCCAGCAUAUUACUCCUACAAAGCAGUCAGGACCAAAAGUGUAAAAGAAUACGUGCGGUGGAUGAUGUAUUGGAUUGUGUUUGCUCUUUAUACUGUAGCAGAGACUAUCGCAGACCUCUCCAUAGCAUGGUUUCCGUUGUACUACGAGUUAAAAAUGUGUGUGGUGAUCUGGUUGGUGUCGCCGUACACCAGAGGAGCCGGUCUGAUCUUCAGGAAGUUCCUUCACCCGCUGCUGGCUUCAAGAGAGAGGGAGAUAGAUGAUUACAUCGUUCAGGCCAAAGAGAAGAGUUAUGAGACCAUGGUGAACUUCGGAAGGCAAAGCCUCAGCGUCGCUGCUUCAGUCGCCGUCACUGCUGCUGUCAAGGGACAGGGUGCCAUCAGUGAGCGUCUAAGGAGUUUUAGUAUUCCUGACCUCACCCAGGUUCCUUCCAGCCAAUCAGCAUUCGCGAAACCUGCGCACCUGGCCAUUCAGAGUGCAGAUCCCAGCACCCAGGGCUCUGAGUACAAACAGGCAGGACAUGGGGAGGAAGUAGAUGGAACACUUUCAGAGGACGAGUCAUCGUUGCCAAAAGGUCUGCGCAGAACUCAGAGUGUGAAGAUGAGUCGUGCCAAAGUUGUACGCAAAGAGUCUCGUUACGGCUCCCUGAAAAUUAAAACCAGAAGGAGGCCAGUGAUUGCUGCCAACACGUUUGAACAGCCAUGAUCAACAGGAAACACACCAGAAACCUGCUUGGAUCAUCCACUUUGGCAAACCACAAAACCUUUGCAUGAACAGGCCUAGUCCUUUUUAAAACACACUCCUGAGGAUCCUCUUUAUGAACAGGCCAGGUCAUUAUGUGUCACCCAACAAACCUUCCAUGAAAAGACCUCAUCGUCCUGUAAAGUAUGAAUACUUAGUCAUUCCGUAACACUCACUAAACAACCACUAAACCGCCUAGGUAUAAACAAGCCGAGUCAUCCCACAGUAAACGCCUGAUGAGCUGUGGUAUGAACAGACCUGAUCAUCCUGCAACACACACCAUAAAAACCUCUGUAUGAAGAGGUCAGUCAAUCCAUAAUAUAUGGAAGGAGCCUCAAUACAAAUAGGACAGAUUAUACAAUAACACACCACAAAAGCAUCUGUAUCAACAGGCCUGGCCCUUCUAACACACCACUGAGGACUGUGCUAUCGAUGAUUUAACAGAUAUGGUCAAUCCAAAAGACACCUAAAGAACCUCUAUGAACAGUCCUGAUCAUUCCACAAUACACUAAUGGGAAGCAUCUAUAUGCUCAUGAUGUAACACACUUCCGAGGAGCCCCUGUAUGAGCAAGUCUGUAAUACCUUACAGGGAGCGUCUGUAUGAACAUACCUGAUCAUCCCUCAACACACACCACAGAAACCUCUAUAUUAACAAGUCCAGUUGCUCUGUAAUACACAGAAGAAGCUUCAACAUAUGAACAGGACAGAUCGUGCAGUAAAACACAUCACAAAAACGUCUGUGUCAACAGGCCUGGCCAUUCUUUAACACAUGUCCGACAAACCUAAGGGUCAGAACUGUGAUGCCUAGAGAUGGUCAUUUCAAAAGACCCCUCAAGAGGCUCUAUGAACAGCCCUGAUCAUUACAAAACACAGUAAUGGAAAGCAUCUAUAAGGACAAACCCUGUCAUCACGUAAUACAUAUCCGUAGAGCCAUUGUAUGAACAAAGUUUGUCAUUCCCUAACACAUACCCGAGGAUCCUCUAUGAUGAACGGAGUUCAUCAUUCUGUAACACACAUCCAGUGAGCUUAUAUAUGAAUGGGCCUUGUCAUUCCGUAACAAAUUGGAGGACCUUUUAUAUGAAUGGGCUUCAUCAAUCUUUAACACACACCCAAAGAUCCCCUAUAUGAAUGGGCUUCGUCAUUCCAUAUCACACCUGAGGAUCCUCUAUAUUAAAGGGCUUUGUCAUUCCAUAAACACACCUGAGGAUGAUCAUAUAUAUGAACGGUCUUCAUCAUUCUGUAACCCACAUCUGAGGAGCUUAUAUAUGAAUGGGCUUCAUCAUUCUGUAACCUACCCGAGGAGCCUCUAUAUGAAUGGGCCUCAUCAUUCCUUAACACACAACAGAGGAUCCUCUGUAUGAAUGGGCUUGGUCAUUAUGUAAAAAACACACCUGAGGAGUCUUGAGAAACACUUGGUUGUCCCUUAAUAUACUCUAAAAAUUAGAAAUUAAACAUCAGCACAACGUUUUAGCCUGGGAAACCUAUCGCAAGUGUUUAUCAUUAUAUCUCUUAGUUGUUUUGCCUUUUUUCCCCCCUCCUUUAUAAAAAAAAAUAUAAGGCUGCUAUACAAGACUGGGUGAUUCAGUGCUAAGUAAGGAAAUCAGAUAAAUACUGGCCUAAUACUAAAAUGCUGGACUGGUAUUAGAUGACAUUUCACAUAAACACGCCAUGAACGUGUGUGACGUUGACUGAUAAUUUUCUUAAUUUAUGCAGUUAUGUCUCUUAGGAUCAUUGUUUCCCAUCUUAAGCACUUUCUUACCUCUAAGAAUAAAAUGGGAAAUGUGGCAUCGUCAUAGCAACAGCUUUUAAACAGCUUUUACAUUGAUUAAAGUGUGUAUCAGAUCAGCAUCAGACACUGGCAGAUACGGAUAUUAUUUAUUUACUAUAUUUAGACUAAGAACUUAAAUAUAAAUACUUAAAAUAGCAUACUUGUGUCUUACAUUCAUUUCCACUAUGCACUGAGAUGGUAGGCAAAAUGACAAACAUCUAUAAGUUCAUCAUCUUCAUUUAAGUUUCAUAAAUACUGGUCUUUAUUUUAUUUCAACAGUUAGCUAGUGUCUAGCAGGGAGAACAGUAAUCAUAGUGUUUAGACAGUUUUGUUGCAAUACCAAAAAGUGGCCUUUAAUUCCUUAGUGGGGAUUUUAAGGAGUUUCAGGUCUACUGCUUUAACAUUCCUUAUGCAGCGUGAGCUAAUAUUCAGCACUUCUCCAACACUGACCUACCUAUUUCUCUCAAACGUGUGUGAGUGGAAGUCGUAAUGCUCUGCAGCUUGUUUACAGUUUAUUCUUUGUGCAUUUUUUUUUGUCUUGUGACAGUGCUUUGUUUAAGGAAUGUGCAGAUAAUUUAAUUAUCAACACAACAUUCUUUUGUUUUUAUUCAAAAGUCAUGUAUUCCUGUUUGAUUCAAAAGGAGUCUACUUUCGAAGGCACCAUUUUGGGGAGCGCUUGUGCUCCAAACCUGAAGGCUGUAUCCCAUAAUUCUGUUCACGGGAUGAGCAUUUCCUACAAACGUUUGGAAACUAUGGCAGAACCAACCAUUUUACAACAUUGUGAUAAAUUUAAUGUUCCUAGUGAUCCUCAAGCACGCUGAUAUAAACUGAAUGUACAGACUAAAUUCCAGCACAUUAGUGCUUGUGCUCUCUGGCCUUGUUUAGAAUUUAACUGAAUUGUGUUGCAUUUAUGUAUCAAGAAGUGAUGUUCCCUUUAAAUGUAACUUUGUGGACUCAGAUUCAGUCUAGUCCUGGAUUUCACUGCACAUUGAAAUCCCGUUUAAAAUCUGGAUUAGACUUUGUGUCCUGAAAAAAAGAUGACCUAAUUAUUUAAUUUUAAAUUCACUGACAGAUUCAAAACUAUACUCUCAAAUUCUUUUUUUUUUCCAGAUGAAAUGUGUGUUUUAUUUGUGGAGAAGACCAAAAAAACUGUAUGUUAAUGUGUUUUAUAUUGUGUUUACCACUACAGUAUUGAACUGUUUUGUUUUCUCGCUUAAUGUGUGUGUAAAUAUGUAAGCGAAAAUUUCAGUCUCAUGUUCGUCUAUUUAGCAUCCAUUCUGUAAAUGUUAGAAAGUCAAACAUUCAAAUUUGGCCUAGAUCCAUAUAUCUGUAAUGUUAGACUGAGAUGCUUUGUCAUAAGUAAGUCAUGCCUUAUUGAUUGCUUUUGUUGUGCGAGUUAAAGCAGAGUGGUUAAUGAGAGAAAACACUAACACGAUAUGUACUCUCUGAUGAGAGAAAGUUCAGCAGCUGGUUUGAAGGCCGUGAUUAAUCCUGGAUCUACACUGGCACAUCCAGUCUGAGCGAGCCUGAAUGUCUCUGCACAGUUUGUUAAAUAAAGUUUAUAAUA